AUGUCCACACUCUUCAGCCUCAAGUCGAACCAGUCCAGGACAUUCAAGCCCAAGAAGGCGGCCGAGGGGACCAAGCAGUGGCAGCUCAAGCAGUAUGCUCAGCAGACUCUUGGAUCUGGUAACCUCCGUACUGCGGUGCAGUUGCCCGAGGGCGAGGACCCGCAGGAGUGGAUCGCUGUUCACGUCGUCGACUUCUUCAACCACGUCAACAUGCUCUACGGCACCAUCUCCGAGUUCUGCACCCCCGAGCAGUGCAGCAUCAUGAACGCCGGCCCCAAGUUCGAGUUUUACUGGGAAGACGGGGAGACUUACAAGAAGCCCACGCCUCUCAGCGCACCAGCCUACGUCGAGGCACUUAUGACGUGGGCGCAGAACAUUAUCGACGACGAGAAACUGUUCCCGCAGAAGAUUGGCGUCAAGUUCCCCCCGACGUUUAUGCAGACGGCCAAGACAAUCCUGCGUCGCCUGUUCCGCGUGUAUGCGCACAUCUACCACUCGCACUUUGACCAGAUUUGUGCACUGGGCAUUGAGGCCCACCUCAACACCAACUACCGCCACUUCCUCUUGUUCGUUGACGAGUUCUCGCUCCUCAGUGACCGCGACUUGCAGCCGCUCGACGAGUUCAACAAGACUAUCCUCGAGGAGACCAAGAAGUAA